CCACUGCCCCGAAAUCCGACGCAGAUGAGAUGACACGCCCGCCGCUGCGCGUAUAAAAUCCAUUCUCCUAUAACAAACCGACCCAAUCGCAUUCGCCAGCCCCCGAAUCGCGAUCCCCUCCGCACCUCGGCCCCGCCAUGGAGGUGUUCUACUACCUCGUCUUCGGCGGCCUCGCCGCCGUCGUGGCGGCGCUGGAGCUCGGCAAGUCCGGCAAGGACCGCGUCGCCACCCCGACGGCCUUCAACUCCUUCAAGAACAACUACGUCCUCGUCUACUCCCUCAUGAUGUCUGGGGACUGGCUGCAGGGGCCCUACGUGUACUACCUCUACAGCCAGUACGGGUUCGACAAGGGCGACAUCGGCCGCCUCUUCAUCGCCGGCUUCGGCUCCUCCAUGCUCUUCGGCACCAUCGUCGGGUCGCUCGCCGACAAGCAGGGAAGGAAGAGGGCGUGCAUCACCUACUGCAUCACCUACAUCCUCAGCUGCAUCACGAAGCACUCCCCGCAGUACAGGAUUCUGAUGAUUGGCCGCGUGCUUGGAGGCAUUGCAACAUCGCUGCUCUUCUCGGCGUUCGAGUCGUGGCUCGUCGCGGAGCACAACAAGAGAGGUUUUGAUCCGCAGUGGCUGUCAAUAACAUUCUCCAAGGCUAUAUUUCUUGGGAAUGGCCUAGUUGCCAUUGUCGCAGGGCUAUUUGCAAAUCUACUGGCUGAUAACUUGGGUUUUGGCCCUGUCGCUCCAUUUGAUGCUGCCGCUUGCUUCCUAGCAAUAGGCAUGGCAAUCAUCUUAUCGUCGUGGGGUGAGAACUAUGGAGAUGCAUCUGAAGGAAAGGACUUGAUGGCCCAGUUUAAGGUUGCAGCUAAAGCCAUUGCUUCUGAUGAAAAGAUUGCAUUGCUUGGAGCCAUACAGUCACUGUUUGAGGGUUCAAUGUACACUUUUGUUUUCUUGUGGACUCCUGCUUUGAGCCCAAAUGAUGAAGACAUUCCUCAUGGCUUCAUAUUUGCCACAUUCAUGCUCUCCUCGAUGUUGGGUAGCUCAAUUGCAUCUCGUCUAUUAGCUCGGAAGAUGAAGGUCGAAGGUUAUAUGCAGAUCGUGUUCUCGAUAUCAGCUUUCACUCUUUUCCUCCCUGUUGUCACCAAUUUCAUAGUACCUCCCUCAGAGAAAGGUGGAAGCAUCUCAUUUGGAGGCAGUGUACAACUUCUUGGUUUCUGCAUAUUCGAGUCAUGUGUUGGCAUAUUCUGGCCGUCAAUCAUGAAGAUGAGAUCUCAAUAUAUCCCUGAGGAGGCGAGAAGCACUAUCAUGAACUUCUUCCGCAUACCACUUAACCUGUUUGUAUGUGUGGUGCUUUACAAUGUGAAUGCCUUCCCAAUCGCUGUCAUGUUUGGUAUGUGCUCCAUUUUCCUAUUCAUCGCAGCAAUUUUGCAGAGGCGGCUGAUGUUCGUGUCCGACCUUCACAGAUCAACUAAAGCCGCAGAGAUGACAGCAGAAGAUGAGCCACUAAACCCUUGAAACACACCAGCAGCCAUUGACGUGAACCGGGCAUGGAACAGUCUCCAACUUCAUCUGCUUCUCUGCAGGGCUGCUGAAUAAGAUGGGAAACCAGAAGGCUGCAACAAAACCUCGUUUAGUUUGCUUUGUUAGGUGCUCUCACGGUAUUCAGUUUUGUCGGGAGAGAGGACACGGCUCGGCAUGUAUUGAGAUAUAUACACUGCACAGUAGAGCUUUGGCAUAGUACCGGAUCUGUAAUUUCCCUCCUAUUCUUACGUUUGCUAAUAGGAUGAUCGUAUUUGUAUUUAAAUCCAACCAGUCCCUUGAUGAAAGCUAUAGCUUGUGCCCCUGUA